UCUCGGGCUUUCGCCGCCGCAGCAGCUGCAGACUGGGAAUGCGGUGCGGGCGGGCGGGCGCGAUACGUUAACCCGCAUCAAUUCCUCCUCACGUCACACCCGGAAUCAGGCCAAGCUACUCAGCCAACGGCCGCGCAGAGCCGAGGCCCUCGUCUGGGGGCAAAUUCACUGCUUGAGUUUGGAUCAGGGACUUUAUGAAGCUGGAAAAUGGCUUGGAGGAGAAUAGUUGAGCCCAUCCUGAAUGUAUAAGAGCUCACUGCUGUUUAUCUUGUGCGGCUGUGGAUGACACAAUAGGAAGACUAUCAACUGGAUUCUGGGGCUCCAGGUCUCUUCCUUCUGCAUGUCUAAGAGGAGAACCCUUCUAUGGUGAGCGUUCGGCUGGGAUGCUUGUCCAAUGUGAUGGUGUGAAAAGCUGUUUGAGAUCCUUGAAGGAGACAUACAAAGUGUCUGAGUCUCCCAGUAAGGAACCCUCUCUGAAAGCCUUGUGAGAACUGGAAGAGCCCAAUGCCCUUAGUUUGACUCUGCUAAGAGCCCCUGAGUUGCUGAACCUGCACGUGGUCAUCUAAGUAAGUUAAGAUCUUCCUGAGGACAUUGCUGCAAGAUUGUCUUCAACUGUUCAUAAUGAAGAUGAAGAUCCCUUUCCUCCUACUGUUCUUUCUGUGGGAAGCUGAGAGCCAUGCAGCAUCAAGGCCGAACAUCAUCCUGGUGAUGGCUGACGACCUUGGCAUUGGAGAUCCUGGGUGCUAUGGAAACAAGACUCUCAGGACUCCCAAUAUCGACCGGUUGGCCAGUGAGGGAGUGAAACUCACUCAGCACCUGGCAGCAUCACCCCUAUGCACACCAAGCAGGGCAGCCUUCAUGACUGGCCGGUACCCUGUCCGAUCAGGAAUGGCAUCUCAGUCCCUCCCUGGAGUUUUCCUCUUCACGGCCUCUUCAGGAGGACUUCCCACCAAUGAGAUUACCUUUGCCAAGCUUCUGAAGGAUCAAAGUUAUUCAACAGCACUGAUAGGGAAAUGGCACCUUGGGAUGAGCUGUCAUAGCAAGACUGACUUCUGUCACCACCCUUUACAUCAUGGCUUCAGCUAUUUUUAUGGAAUCUCCUUGACCAAUCUGAGAGACUGCAAGCCCGGAGAGGGCAGUGUCUUUACCUGGGGCUUCAGGAAGGUGGUAUUCAUCCCUCUGCAGAUCAUCGGGAUUACCCUCCUUACCCUCGCUGCACUCAGUUGUCUGGGGCUGCUCCGCGUGCCUCUAGGCGUUUUUUUCAGCCUUCUCUUCCUGGCAGCUCUGAUCCUGACCCUUUUCCUGGGCUUCCUUCAUUACUUCCGACCCUUGAACUGCUUCAUGAUGAGGAACUACGAGAUCACCCAGCAACCCAUGUCCUAUGACAAUCUCACCCAGAGGCUAACGGCAGAGGCGGCCCAGUUCAUACAGCGGAACACUGAGGCUCCAUUCCUGCUUGUCUUGUCCUACCUCCAUGUGCACACGGCACUGUUCUCCAGCAAGGAGUUUGCCAGCAAAAGUAAACAUGGAGUCUAUGGGGACGCUGUUGAGGAAAUGGACUGGAGUGUGGGGCAGAUCUUAAACCUUCUAGAUGAGCUGAAAUUGGCUAACAAUACCCUCAUCUACUUCACAUCGGACCAGGGAGCACAUGUAGAAGAAGUGUCUUCCAAAGGAGAAAUUCAUGGCGGAAGUAACGGGAUCUAUAAAGGAGGAAAAGCAAAUAACUGGGAGGGAGGUAUCCGGAUUCCAGGCAUCCUUCGUUGGCCCAGGGUGAUACAAGCUGGCCAGAAGAUUGAUGAGCCCACUAGCAACAUGGACAUAUUUCCUACAGUAGCCAAGCUGGCUGGAGCACCCUUGCCUGAGGACAGGAUCAUUGAUGGACAUGAUCUGAUGCCUCUGCUUCAAGGGAAAAGCCAACGCUCAGAUCACGAGUUUCUCUUCCAUUACUGCAACGCCUACUUAAAUGCUGUGCGCUGGCACCCUCAGAACAGCACAUCCAUCUGGAAGGCCUUUCUCUUCACCCCCAAGUUUGACCCUGUGGGUUCCAACGGAUGCUUUUCCACACACGUGUGCUUCUGUUCCGGGAAUUAUGUCACCCAUCAUGACCCACCUUUACUCUUUGAUAUUUCCAAAGAUCCAAGAGAGAGAAACCCAGUAACUCCAGCCACUGAGCCCCGGUUCCAUGAAAUCCUCAAAGUCAUGCAGGAAGCUGCGGACAGACACACCAAGACCCUGCCAGAGGUGCCCAACCAGUUUUCAUGGGACAACUUUCUUUGGAAGCCCUGGCUUCAGCUGUGCUGUCCCUCCUCCGGCCUAUCUUGCCAAUGCAACAGAGAAAAACAGGAUAAAAGACUGAGCCACUAGCUGUGCCUGGUCACCAGGCAGAUGCAUGUGGCAAAGCUCACCAUCUUCAUUAUAAACACAUACCUGGGAGUGGCACUAGGGAAAGCUAACUCCACCCACACCUUGGAUUUGGACUCAUUCUCCAUUUUAUUAACUGAAGGCUUGGGCCAGAGCUCAAUAGCUACUCAACUGGAGUGGCAAGGGGAUAAGAUCUGUAGUAUACAGAGAGGAAGAUGGUAGGUUUAUGCCUUCUGUGGCCAGAGUCUUGGACUCAUGGAAAGAAAAUGACUAGAGGGGCAUUUACAAGGCAUGCCAGCACAGGCAGAUGACAAAAAGGUGCAGAAGGCAAUCUUAAAACAGAAAGGUGCAGGAGGUACCUUUACUCACCCCUCAGCAAAUAUGUAUGCCAACAGUAUACACUAUCAUUUACUCUAUAAUCUGAAGUGAUGCAAUAACCACCAUGAUUCCUCAGCCUAAUACAAAAGGCAAUCAAAUAAAAGAGAGUUUAAUAAUUUAACUAUAAGUAACUUUAAGGUGAAUGAAAGAUCUUCUUUAGGAAUAAUAGAUGAGAUUAAGUUCCACUUUUGUUAUUAGAAGGGAAGUCAUUAUUACUGGUAUAGUUAGAACACAUAUAAAAUGCUCUUCAUCAUAUAUAGUUAUGCACAUGCAUACAUAAACACACACACACACAUACACAUGCACACAUAUAGUAUAUUUCUUUCCUCAAGAGGGUUAAGAUUUUAAAAUAGGGACCUAGAAGCUUAUUACUAUUUAAGUAAAAACAGUAGAAGCUCACAAAUAGAUUUGUUUGCACAAUGAUUUUUUUUUUUGCAAAACUUUAUAGUAACAAAAAUCCCAAGGCAAAUCUCUCCUGAACUGAUUUCCAUUCCAUAAUUUGUAUUAUUAUUCUUGAUUUCACUGUUUUCUUUGGGAGAAUGGAAGUUCUGAAUUAAAAGCCCACUGUGGAGAUGCUAUGGUUCAGGGAAUCUCUUCUAAUGUAAUUCAGAAUCAUUGGCCUAGAAAGUUUCUGAUAAUUGGAGGGGAACAAUAAUCACUCACAAGCAAUGCAUGAUCUAUACACAUAAGCGUGAUUUCCUUUAGUUUUAGGCAGAAGUUAGUCAUCAGAGAGUAGUCGUGUAUGCAAGUUUUGUGACUGAGAUGUUUCAUUGCUUCCAGUUCACAAUGAGGUGAACAAUUUUGCUUUCAUCCUAUUUUCCCCAAACCCCACAAGUCAGGGAAAACUCAUAACUGGUCGCCUAGGAGAGGGCCUGAUAGUGGCAUAGCUGGAGAGAGUUUCAAAGUGUAAACCACCAGCCCAUCCUGAGGAAAGGCUCUUGUGGAAUGUAAAGUGCAAUCGUUUCUUCAGAUACAAGACUUUCCCCAACGAUGUGAUUGGAUUCCUUUAUGGCAAAAUCAAGAGAAGCUGCCGUCCACCUGUUUAUGCAUUCAUCUCUUUUGUGGACUUGUCUGACCACUUUCUAUUUGCCCAGAGUUUGCUCAAUUCCAAGACAGUGCAUGUGAAUGGAACACCUGUACCCCCCACAACGGUUUGCAGAGAAUGCUAGCCAUGACUCGGGCUUUCUGGAAGUUGGCUAUAAUUUCUCUAUCCCUACCCCCAACCCUGGGAAGUUGGAGCAGGAAGGGGGUACUGUUGGGCUUGGAGGAUUCAACAGCAUUUCCCCAGUUACCUACUAAGUUCUUCUAUUUCAGGCAUUAAUUUUGCUUCUCUUUAAAAAAAAAAGAAAAGAAGAGAAAGAAGUGAUUCCUAUCACGUAACCCCAGAGUUGUUAAAAGCUGAAAAGUAAAAAGGAUUCUUCCUUUUAACAUGGAUUUUUCAUUCCAGAAAUUGCAGGAGAAUUUGUCUUUUUGCUUUAGAAAACAUUCUUCUUAGAGAGGGUACUAGCUUACUGAUGAUAUGUUAGGAUUGCUACUGAUAACUAUCAUGUGGAAAAUAUUUAAAGGCACUGUUAUAAACUUAUGCUGUAAGAUGACAAUAUUUUCUCAAAGUCUAACAUAUUCAAUGCAAGUAAGACUUUCUGAAAAUACUUGAUGAUGUGGGAAUACUGCAGGAUUAAAUAACUUGAAGAGCCUUUAUAGAUUAUACGAAUGGCUAUUUGUGUCUAGAACUAUUUAAUCUAUAAAAUGUUAACAGCAUAUGAAGGAUGAAAUAUAUCUCUAGAUGCAAAUGUAUUGAGUUUAAAAGUGCCUCUAAAUAAUUGAGAUCACAUUUCAGGGCAUUUAGAAAUCAGGUUGAUUUGUGGUAACCACAAUCAUCUUAGAUACCAAACCAUUUACCAUCUAAAACUUUUGAUUUGAAUGUGUAACAGGAAACUGGAAUUCUUUUGUCCAGGAGAAACCUCACAAACCUUCUUUAUGGCAUAGUUUUGUUGUUUGUCCGUUUCUUUUUGCAGAGCUGGAAGUCAUGGCUACGUGUUUAUAAAGCAUCCCAUUUAUAUUACCUCUGGAGUUGUAUAUCCAAACCUUAGUGGGCUUUGAAGCUUUAAAUAAAUUCUUUUAAAGAAUUAUUAUAUUUCUAGCAUUACAUUCAUGUUAAAAGUUAAACAAAUAGAUUAAUGAUGUAUACAUAGGCAUCAUUUUAGAAGGUCAGCAAUACUUCAGGAAAAGCAAAAUUGCAAUCUACCUAUCUAUGGGACUAAGAAAGCCCUGUUUUUUCAAAAAUGGAAGCCUACUUCUCUGAUUUUUCUGAAGGUCAUACAAUGAAGAGUGGAGGGGUAAAACACACACACACACAAACAAGUAUUUGGCUUUUCACAGGAAUUUGAUUGUAUUAGGUGAAAGGAUUACUUAGAAUAUGUUAAUGCAAAUUUAAAAUAAAAAUUUCCUUGGCAAUUAAAAAUGCUGUGCACUAUAGUUUACAAUAGCAAAGACCUGGAACCAACCCAAAUGCCCAUCAAUGAUAGAUUGGACAGGGAAAAUGUGGCACACAUACACCAUGGAAUAUUAUGCAGCCAUCAAAAAUGAUGAGUUUGUGUCCUUUGUAGGGACAUGGAUGAACCUGGAAACCAUCAUUCUCAGCAAACUGGCACAAGAACAGAAAAUUAAACACCACAUGUUCUCCCUCAUAGGCAGGUGUUGAACAAUGAGAACAUAUGGACACAGGGAGGAAAGCAUCACACACUGGGGUCUGUUUGGGGGAAAUAGGGGAGGAACAGUAGGGGUGGGGAGUUGGAGAGAGAUAGCAUGGUGAGAAAUGCCAGAUGUAGGUGAUGGGGAGGAAGGCAGCACAUCACACUGCCACGUGUGUACCUAUGCAACUAUCUUGCAUGUUCUUCACAUGUACCCCAAAACCUAAAAUGCUAUUUUAAAAAAGAAAAAAAAAUGCUUUGCACUAAUACCAUGCUUUCUAAUGUGAUUGAAUUCAACAAUGUGGGGAAUGUUUACUAUAUUUCCAGCUCAAUGUCAACUGAUGAAGAAUACAAGUUCCAGUUCUGCAAAGAUUUAUCAACUUUCUUAGCUCAAGAAGGAGGCUGAGAAAUGCAGAGAGGAAUAAGACAUAAAAUGGCCCUGACCUCCAUGAUUCAAGAGUGGGGAAAGGCCAGAUUAUUCCCCAUUAGCAUACUCUGUAAGGCCUUUCUAGGGGCCUACAAAAAUGCUUUAAUUUCUUUUAUAAUCAGAAGAAAACAAAAUGAACAUUGGGGAUUGGAAAUCAUAUUGGCAUAUACACCAACAUAGUUAUAAAAUAGUAUGUUAAUAUGGUUUAUGUUUUUAUAUAAUAUAUUUUUAUAUUAAAGUAUAUUUAAUAUGUUUUGCCUUCAUGGCCCAUGAAAGUCUUACUGGGUCCUGGGGAAGGGACCCUACACUGGUGAAACAGCUGCUUUGCUCUGCAAACACCUGGAGCACAAAUUUGAUUUGAAAAAUAUUACCCUCUUCUCUUUCUUUCAACUGGAUUCCUUAGGAAAACCAAACCAGUGUUGGAACAAACCCCGGAGGCAGUAAGAAGUUGGAGUGAGAAGGGCAUGGUAUUGGGACUAGGAUUGGCUCUCAUUCAACCCAGCUAUUCUAAUAAAACGACAAAAGGUGUCCAUACAGAGGCUGCUGGCGAGUGCAUGGCCAUAGGGAGCCAACAUGCACAGGAGGAAACAUACUCAUCACGUGGAGGCCUCUACAAGCUAAAGCCUUGUUGCCUUCUCUUUAGUACCCAGAGAAUGUGAUGUGUGAUGCAAAUGCUCAAAACCUCUUAAAUUGUAGCUGUUUGACCUCUACAGACCUCACAUCCAUCCCAGGCUUCAGGGACAAAGAUUCUCCACUUGGCCAAACUUUAGCCAAGCUCCUCAACCUUUCCCCAGGUCCAAUCUGGGGACUUCCUUAUAAAAUCCAGUUUUGGCAAGAAAUCUAAGUCGUUUAACAAGAGCACCCAAGCCGUCAUAUCUGUUCCUCCUCAGUCUCUGAUCAGUCUCCACAGCCUCCACCACCCCCAAGAUGAUGUCUGGUCACCUGGCCUGCCUUCAGCUAGAAUCCUGUUAGGUCAGUUUAUCUGAAUACCUCCUGAUAUUUCCUCUUGGUAAUCUUCCAUCCACUGCCCCUCACCCCAUUCCCUGUCUGUAAAUCCCCACUUUCCCAUCCUGUAUUCAGAGCUGAGCCCCAUCUUUCUCCUUUACUACAAGUCCCCAUUGUUGUGGUCCCUGUACCCAUCAUGAUGGUCAUGAAUAAAGUCUUUUUUACUGUGCUUCAAUAGGUAGCAUUGUAAAUUUUUUUCCUUUGAUGUCAUCCAUGACAACUCAAAACCUGUUGGGACAGCGUGACUCUGCAGGGUCUUUAGAACUCAGCUUUCUGAGACUGAGCAUUCUUGUUUUCUGACACCGUGAACCUGUUCUGUGUUGCCAGAGAUCACUCAAGCCAAUGUUACUUCGUACCAUAUCUUUGUGUAGUAGACUCUGAAUAAAGUAAUUGUAAUGUACCAAUA